AUGAGCUCAACUUCUAGAAUUGUGGAAUUAUCAAACAUUAUCUCUACUAAUACCCAAAAGCUUGAUACCUAUCUUAAUUCUCUAAAUCAUGUCUUAUCCUUCGAAGAAAACGCACCAACAACACCUCUUCCCAAAGACUCUCCCGCAGAAUACCAAACAGCCCGUUUAGAACUUCUGGAAGCAACUCGAGAACUUCAACAGCUUAUAGGCGGCGUAGAAACAACAACCAUCUCGGCGAUCUCAAAGUUCAAAAUUGCUUCAAAUGUUCCUAUUAAUGGGGAGAUUUCGUUUGUGGAUCUGGCUGAGCGUUGUGAGCUUAAUGAACAUGAUCUUCGAAGGAUCGUAAGAUAUGCCAUCGUGCAUUACCGCAUCUUUAAGGAGCCUAGAAAGGGAAUUGUGGCUCACUCCGCUGCGUCGAGACGGCUGGCAGAGAGUGAUAUGAUGAAGUUUAUUGUUGGAUUGAGGGUUGAUGAGGUGUGGCCUGCGCAGAGUAGGGGUUUUGCACUGGCGAACAACACCGAUAAACCAUUCUACGAAUAUCUUGGAGAUUACCCCGAGCGUGCAAAGCGCUUCAGUGCAGUCAUGUCCAGCGCCGGCACAGCAGGACUUCAAGCUCUAGUCGACAACUUUGCAUGGUCAUCUCUUCCAGAAGGCUCAACCGUCGUCGAUCUUGGAGGCUCUCAAGGUCAUGUCAGCGCAUUCGUCGCCGCAGCUGUUCCCAAAGUCAAAUUUGUCGUUCAAGAUCUCCCAGAGGUAAUUACUGACGUCGAUGCUACAUACCAAAUUCCAGAGUCACUCAGAGACAGGGUGACACUUAUGGGCCAUAGCUUUUUUGAAGAGCAAUCUGUGAAAAAUAUAGAUGUUGUGCUGAUUCGCUAUAUAUUCCAUAAUUGGUCAGAUAAGUAUUGCACGCGGAUCUUGAAGAAUCUGAUUCCGGGUCUGAAAAAAGGCGCGAAAAUUGUGAUUCAAGAUCAUCUGAUGCCUGAACCUGGGAGUAUUUCUUUGGCUAAGGAGAGAGGUGUCCGGGAAAUGGACCUUCUCAUGCUCACUCUGUUUAAUUCCCGAGAGAGAGACGGUGAAGAUUGGAAAGAGCUCGUUGAAAAGGCAGAUCCAAGGUUUAAACUGGAAAGUGCGAAGCAGCAGGCGCCGGAUUCGCCUUCCGGAAUAAUCGUUGUGAACUGGGAAGGUUGA